AUGUGAGAAGGGGGGGGGGGGAAUUUAAUCGAUGCUGAUCUUCAUUUCUAAUUUAACAUUUUUUUAUUUAUUUAAUUUUGAGCUACAAAAAAUGUAGAGAAUAAGAAUUAGAAUUUUAUUUAAUGUACAUGCGUCCUUCAAGGCCAGCAUGCAUUGCGACAGUCAACAAACAGGAAAUUUAGCCCAUUUUCCCUGUUUUAGAGAGGCAGGCAUGAUGAAAGAGAAGGUACCAGAGUAUGAUGCUGUUUUCAGCAACCUUUUCCAGGAGUUUGACAGUCGCUUUGAGGACUUCAGACACAAUGCUUCUGACUUUGAGUGGUUUGUUCAACCCUUCACCAUCAGUGUGGACACAGUCAGUGAUGAUCUACAGAUGGAACCAAUUGAGCUUCAGUGUGAUUCAGAACUCAAACACAAGUUCAGGUCCCUUCCCUUGACAGACCUCUACAAAUGUGUCCCAGCAAACAGGUACAGAUGGGCAAACAGGCACAAGUGAUGCUGUCUCUGUCUGGCAGUACCUACCACUGUGAACAGACUUUCAGUCUGAUGAACUUAAACAAGUGUAAACUGAGAUGCAAAGUAACUGACUCUCACCACCAUAAUAUCCUGACUUUGACAGUAAGUCCACUGCAUCCCAAUUUGGAAAAACGUUUGAAAAAUAAGGACCAGCUUCAUGUGUCUCAUUAGAGGUCACUGAUAUUGCAGGCAUGUGGCUGUAUUGCUUAUAGCUUGAAUAGUUGUAUGAGGUAUUGAACAUGUAUUAUAAAUGGGA